AUGGUUCGCCUAAGCAAUGCCUCCAUUGGAAUGUUGAAUUUCUUCUCUCUAGUCACCGGCAUUGGCGCGAUUGUUAUCGGUCUGUAUUUUUACGUCUAUGGCGGAACCUACUGCCAAAAAAUCAUCCAAAACCCAUUGUUUUUAUUGGGUUUGUUCAUAUUUGUUUUUUCUUUGCUCGGACUGAUGGGUUCUUGUUGCAAAAUUAAUUUUCUGCUAAACUUCUACUUGUUUGUUCUGGUUUUGAUGAUACUGGGGCUUCUUGCGCUGACCGGGUUUGUGUUCGCUAUAACACAUGAGGGUGGCAGUACUAAAGCUGUAGAAGGGAUAGGAUUUAAGGAAUACAGGGUCCAGGAUUACUCAGAUUGGUUGCAGAAGCAUUUUACGGACGGAAAGACUUGGCGUCAGAUCAGGAGUUGCUUGGUUGAUGCUCAAGUUUGCAGCAGUCUCAGCAAAAAUGUUGUCCCAGAAGCUUCUGAGUUCUAUAAAAUGAAAAUGUCUCCAAUUCAGUCCGGUUGCUGCAAGCCACCGAUGAGCUGUGGAUUCGAGUAUAAGAACGCGACGUUCUGGACGGUGCCAGAAUCGGGAUUGAAAGAAGAAGGCGACCAUGAUUGUAUCUCCUGGAGCAAUCACCAGGACACGCUAUGCUAUGACUGCUUAUCUUGCAAGGGAGGAGUUCUGGCAUUCAUUAAGAAGGAAUGGAGAUUUUUCGCCUACUUCAACCUCGCUCUCCUUGUUUUCUUCAAUUUGAUCUUGUCCAUGGCUUGUUGUGCAAGGAGGAACAACAUAGAAGAUCAAGGUUAUAGGAGAUAUAGGGGAUAUCAUUGGUAA